AUGGUGGACCGGGAAAACGGUCUCGUCAGCCGCGAAAUCUUCGUAAACUCUGACAUAUACGCCGAAGAGCAGGAACGCAUUUUCACCCGGGCCUGGCUGUUCGUCGGCCAUGAAAGCCAGGUAUCCAAACCCGGCGAUUUCUUUAUCUCAUCCAUGGGCGAAGAGUCAGUAAUUCUGUGCCGUGACCGGCAGGGCGAGGUGCACGUUUUUCUCAAUUCCUGCACCCAUCGCGGGAUGAAGGUUUGCCGGUACGACGAGGGCAAUACCCCCAUAUUUUCCUGCCCCUAUCACGGUUGGAGUUUCGCCACCGAUGGCGCUCUGGUCGGCGUGCCUUACUACAAGGAUGCCUACCACGAGGAGCUGGACAAAUCCCAAUGGGGUCUGCUUCGGGUGCCCCGCAUGACGAACUACAAAGGUGGCAUCUGGGCCAGUUGGGAUCCCCAGGCUCCAGACUUCCUCGAGUACAUCGGCGAAUUCCGCACCUAUCUUGAUAUCCUUUUUGACGGUUGGGACGGCUCGGAAGGCGGCACCGAAAUUAUUGGCGGUAUCGAAAAGUGGCUAGUUCCUUCCAACUGGAAAUUCCCGGCCGAGAACUUCAUCGGCGACCGCUACCACAACAUCAGCCAUCGGUCCGUCGACCUCGUGGGCAUCGGCCCAUCUGGUCAGGGUCGUCGUGAUAACAGCGAGCGGGAGGGAGCCAAGUCGCUGGACGUGUCCUUCCCGGAGCGCGGCCACGGGACGGUCAUCUUCCUGAGACCGGAAGAGGCUCAACCGGUUCGGUCCUACCAGAACGAUCCGAUCGUCGCUGAAUAUUUCCACGCCUGUGAAAUUGCCCGCAAAGAGCGACAGGGCCAGUUGUGGCGCAUCAUGGGGGGACCGGGCACGAUCUUUCCUAAUAUGUCCUACCUACCGCGCCAGCCCCGCAGCAUAGCGGUUUGGCAUCCCCGUGGACCCGACCAGACCGAGGUUUGGCGCUGGUACCUGGUGGACAGCACAGCUCCACCCGAAGUCAAAGAAUUCCUGCGCCAGUACUACAUCCGCUAUUCGGGACCCAGCGGAUUGACCGAGCAGGACGAUAUGGAAAACUGGAACUACGCCCAUGCUGCCAGCCGCGGCGCCAUGGCGCGCCGACGUUCGUACAACUAUCAGAUGGGUAUGGGUUACGCCGUGGACGAUUUCGAGGACGGCGGCUUGCAUCUGCCAGGCACGGUGCUCGAUACGACCAAAGCCCGUGCCGGCGAGCAGAAUCAGCGGACGUUCUACUCCCGUUGGGCUGACUUCAUGGCCGCUCGCGACUGGGACGAACUGGCUGGGUGGCGCCACGGCAACGGUGCCAACGGGUCCGGUUCCAGGUAG